AUGAAGAUCAUUGCGGCAUAUUUGUUGGCCGUUUUGGGAGGUAACACGGCCCCUUCAGCAGUUGAUGUCAAACGCAUCCUAGGCUCAGUUGGAGUUGAGGGUGAGGAUGAGCAGAUAGAGUUGCUGUUGAGGGAAGUCAAGGGCAAAGAUUUUGCGGAACUAAUUGCCAGUGGAAGAGAGAAAUUGGCUUCAGUUCCUUCUGGUGGAGGAGCUAUUGCUGUUUCCGCUGCAUCUGGUGGUGCUGCUGCGGCUGCUGCUGCACCUGCGGCUGAAGCAAAGGAAGAAAAGAAGGUUGAAGAAAAAGAAGAGUCUGAUGAUGAUAUGGGCUUUAGUUUGUUUGACUAG